AUGGUUUUCUCCCCUUUGACCUCUCCGUGGCUCCCCCCAGGACGUUCCCAGCACCAAAUUCCUGCUGGGGAGGAAGGAAAAGAAGGCGGUGUGAGAAAGCUUAGCACACACACACACACAAAAAGAAAAGAAAAGCACGUAUGGCUAGAAAAAAUAAGAUAUAUAUAUAUAUAUAAAAUAAGAAAGCAGGCUCAGAGAGAGCUCAACCUCCACCCUGAUCCCAAAACCUCGAGGUUGGGGAUGAUGCCCGGCGCACGCAUGGGGCGUUAUCCCGACGGGGCGUUGCGUUUGGGGAAAUAUUUAACCACGUCGGCGUCACCGUGUGGGGCAGGCAGUGCAGGCAUGGAGGGCAGUGAGUGCCUACAGCUGCUGCUGCGCCGCUGCCGUGAGGCCAAAGAUUGUGCUUACUGCCCCUACAGCCGCUUCCCCGUGGGCGCCGCGCUGCUCACCGCCAGCGGGGAGAUCUUCUCCGGGUGCAACGUGGAGAAUGCCUGCUACAGCCUCGGGGUGUGCGCUGAGCGCACGGCCAUCCAGAAAGCCAUCUCCGAGGGGCACACAAGAUUCAGGGCCAUGGCCAUUGCCAGCGACAUGGAGGACUUCAUCACGCCUUGCGGAGCCUGCAGACAGGUGAUGAGAGAGUUUGGCACAGACUGGGACGUCUACCUGACCAAACCUGAUGGCACCUACAUUGUGAAGACGCUACAGGAGCUCCUUCCGCUCUCCUUUGGCCCUGAGGACCUGCAGAAGGCAUGAACUGCACACCUGCAUUUCCCUUUCAGCGCUGGGGGUGAUGGAUUAUUCCUCCUACUUUCCCUUUAUGCACGUGGCUCCACGGGAACAAUGCCAAGUGAAAGGGUUUGCUGAGUGGAUGUUGCUUGGAUCCAAGGCUGCAAAACUGGGGACAAAAAGCAAUUUCAGCUCAAAGUCCGCAACAUUAUCCAUCAGCCAUUUGUGCACAGGCAGCUCGGUGUUCAGUGGGCUGUCACUGUGGUGUCACUGCUACUUUUUGCCUAUUUUUCUCCUUUUUUGCUCCUGUGAGGACAAAGAGGAAUUCUGGGGGUGUUCACUGAUUGUCCUGGCAAUUAAAUUAUGCGCAAUAGAAAAAAAAAAAUAAUAAUGUUACUUUAAUGA